ACUAUUAUAUAUAACAAACUAAAAUAUAUCAUCAAGUCAUUAAUCUUUAAAGAUUAAAAAAUUGUAUUUUAACAAAAUGUACAGGAAAUUUUGAUAGAAUGUAAAUAUCGAAACAAAUGUUGUUAUGACGUGAACAGGACAUCUUUAGAUAUUAUCAAAUAAUUAGUGACGAUACUUUGCGAUACAAUCGCGAAAGAAAUUUAUCUUAUCAUUAAAAUUAAAUAUAAGUAUAUUGAUAAAAUUCAGGCGCGCUUUAUAAAUGGUCGAAUGAACAGUAUUAACAACAGAAUAACAUUAAACAUGGAGAUGCGUGUUCUGGUUGCUGUCUUGCUUGCUUGCAGCGUAGCUGGGCUUCCAGUGGAAAAAGAAGGGCUUCCACGUGAUAUUCUUACUCCACUUGAUAUCGAAUUAUUUAAAGAUCAAGUACUUUACGUGUACGAUGACAACGAGAAUUUAGUGAAGCUGACGUUGGACGAAGUCGACGUCCAAGAAGACAAAUGUAAAGAAAUGGCAAACUGUGUCUCUUUCUAUCUCUACAAAAAGGGCGAACCCAACCCGAAGCAGCUCUACGUCAAUGAUGAGAAUGCUCUAAAAAACAGCAAUUUCGAUCCCAUGAAACCAACGCGUUUUAUAACUCAUGGAUGGAUAAAUUCUCGCGAAAGCAAAUCGUGCACUUUAGUUCGUGACGCUUAUCUUGCGCAUGGUGAUUACAACGUCAUUGUCAUCGAUUGGAGUCCAAUAUCUAAACACCUUUACGGUUAUGCUAGCAAACAAGUCGUCAACGUUGGCCAAUUCGUCGCCACAAUGAUCGAUUUCCUUGUAAAACAUAAAAUGGAUCCGUUAGAAACCGGAUUGAUCGGUCACUCUCUUGGUGCCCAUGUAGUUGGAAUCGCUGCUCGCUUCUCUAAUAGCCUUAUUGGUCUCGUCAUAGGACUGGAUCCAGCCUGGCCCGGUUUUAGUGCGGCUGGUCCAGGAUCCAGGAUAUCGAGCGGCGAUGCAAUGUACGUCGAGAUAAUUCACACUAACGGUGGUGUGCUUGGCUUCCUCCAUGCCAUUGGGGAUGCCGACUUUUAUCCCAACGGCGGUGAAAAACAGCUCGGUUGUCGGGUGGACGCGUGUUCUCAUGCUCGCUCGUUCAGGUUCUACGCCGAGUCUAUCACCAGCCAGGUAGGCUUCCACGGGAAAAGUUGUAGCACCUUCCUCCGAUUUAAGAUGGGUCUGUGCGACGACGGGCAUUCAUCCAUCAUGGGCGGCCACAAGCCGCUCAAAAGCGCACGCGGUAACUACUACCUGCACACCAAUCCGUCGCCACCGUUCGCGAGCGGGCCGCAUUGGUUCGCGAUGCGACGCUGAUCUGAAAGGAUCGGCCCGACCGACGACCAGCCGUCAGCGAGGAUUCUGGAUUUGGAAAUUCAUUGCGGAACAGGAAGGAGAAAUCCGCGCCGGGCUAAACUCGUUUUUCCCAGCAAUCGAUCGGAUGCGUUCACGGUGCGUAAUUUGGUUUCCGCCCGCAGCGGCUGUUUCGAGCGCGAGUAUUACUGCUCUCGUUGUACCGGGGAAUUUUUUAUAUCGUCUAAGCCGGGACUACAAAUCGUCGGGCCACCGGGGGGAAUCGUAGGGUGCUGUUUAUCGAAAGAACAGAAUAAAGUAUCGUCGUUAUCGCACGACGUUUCGCUUUACCGUCGACCCAAUUACCCGGCGUAAGCGCGCGGUCAGCGCGUAUUUUGCGAAAUAUGUCUCGCAUGACAUGAAACGCAUCAUAACGUUUUAUUGGAAAUGCAAAAUACCGGGAGGAUACGCCCCGCUGUUCUAAAUGUGAGUCAAGUCGCGUUAAAUACACGUAUCAAUUUCACUGCCGCUGUCUAUUUUUUUUCUCGCAACAGCUCGUAACGCUUCGGUGCGUACAUACAUGCAAACAUUCACCGGUCUCUCGAAACGCGAAGUGCUCGGACCAGCCGCGGUCUUAGUCGCGAGGUGCAUUAAAUUUUAUCGUAAUACAUUUCGUAAUCGUGCAUAGUAACAAGGAUAAUAAGGCGAUGCGAAAAACACAGUCAGAUUAAACAUCGUGCGCUGAAUUUUAGGCUCCGGGCUGUUUCAUGUAAACAGACGUAGAUAUUUAUCAUUUGGACAUAAUGCACAAGAUAGAGUUUCAAAAAAGAAGGUAAACGCGAUUUUGCAAAAUAAGGGAAACUAUUCCGAGUUGAAACGAGAAUUAUCUUCGUUAAUUUUUGCGUAAUUACAAAUGAUAUUGAUCUUCAUGAACGGCUGAUUUUCAAGACAUAUGAAGAGCAUUAAUUGUGUUCCGCACUCCAGAUCUACAAUGCUCGAUUAGAAGAUACAGUUAUCUUCAUGAUAUUAGUAACAAAAUGUGAUAAAACUUACACUUGUAUAUAUAACAGAGCACUGAUGUACAAAUACUAUUAUAUUUUUACAAAGAA